AUGGAACCGAUAACAAAUUCAGAAACUCAAAUUGGAAGCUCAUCGAAUGAAUCUGAAUCUAGCAGUGUCGUAGUCAACACAGUCGGUAUUCCAAAUGAGGAUUUGGGUUCUUCAUCGCCUUCGUCAUCUGGCAUUGUAGCCGAUUUAAACGAUUCUAAUGGUGAAAGUAAUCAAAGGACAUCGGCUACAUCAUCACUAUCAUCUUGUGAGCCAUUCUUAGACUCAGCAGAAAAUAGCUUUGAAGGUUCGCGGUUAAGCAAACUACAAAGUCAGAAGUCACGAAGUGACGAAAAGUCAUCAAUAAGAGGAGCUGAACUUUGCCAGCCAGGCUUAAUUCCCCAGCGUAACCAGUUUGGUCGUUUACGUGAGGGAGCUUGCUUAAUGAUGCCAACUUUGGAGGAAAAGAUUGAACCAAUAAAUACAUCUGUGCUGAGAAAUGCUUUUAAAAAUUUGACUGAAGCCAAAAAUGCUAUUAAUACAACUCAAACAAUAAACGACGAAGAAAAAAAUGAGAUACGACUUUUUAAUCUUUCGCUUAAGUCGGAUAAUCACGCAGAUUUCACGCCACACCUCAACAGUAUAGCGCGAAAUUCAACAAAUGAUGAAAAUGCUAAAAAACAAAUAAUUUGUACUAAACUUGUUGAAAACUAUCGAAACAUCGAAAAUGGCGUCGAAAAAUUGAACAAACAUACAGCAGCACGCGCAUGGCGACAACCGCACAUUCUGCAACAAAAUAUUUUAAAUAUAAAAGAAAAUGUAGCGAUGAUUGUCACUUGCAUGAGUGCUUUCUUAGACGCAGCAAGUCGCAUUGCAAUUGAAGCAAACAAUCGCAAGGGAGAAGUUCAAGUCUUGAUAAUUAAUGCAUUCUCAGAACUGAAGCAGUUGUUGACCCCACUGAAGAAUUCGAGUACAAUAAUAACUCAACUGAAGCAAAAUUUGGAUGCUACUGGAUGGAUAUUAGCUGUUUUAUCAAGACCACAAAACCCAUAUGGAACAGCACAAGGAAGCGAUGCUUUGGAUCAGUUUCUUGCUGUUAUCAAACAGUUACCAACAGAUUGUUAUAAGCUGAUACAAUGGGUGUUAUUGCUGGUGCCAUCAUCAGGUGCUCGAUUUCUGACCACGGGCUUUAAAGAUUCUGAUUGCUCUUCUGGAGGCAUAUAUAGUCGUCAAGCAGAUGGUCUCUCAUUAAGAUUAUCUGACGCACCAAUGAAUGAUCAAUUAGCGGAAAUGAAUUUUAAAAGGCAGUCUGCGGUAUCAAACGCUUCAUCUACACCAAUACCAAAUAUGAAUGAUAUGCAAACUCCAACAUCGAUUCUCGCCUCUCGAGGUAGCUUAAGUCCCGCUGGCACAAGUGCUAAACAAAAUCGUGUCACGUUCGCAGAUAACAUCUCUGUUUCGCAUCCAUUAUCAACUUUAACCCUUGAAGGUCAUGAAUCAACAGUUGAUCAAGAAGAUUAUUUAGCAAAUCGGAUGAUGAGACCUUUGACCAUUCCACAGUUAACACCACAAAUAAGUGCUGAUGUGAUCAGAUCGCUUCCUCAAGACGAUAAACAAUUAAUUGAGUUUUAUUCUCCUCAGUUGGAUGCACACACAGAAUUUCUAUCCAAGGCCAUCGAAGAAUUCUUAACUAUUAUCCUUACGGCCCAUAAAUUAAUUUACAUGGCUGAUACUAUAGCUGAAUGCCUUAGCAGUGCUGAACUGAGUAAUGAGGUGAAACGAUCAGCAGAUCGCUUGCUGGAUGUGCUGAAAACAUGCGUGCAGGCAACAAAGCAUGCCGCUGACGAGUACCUAUCUGUAGCAGCUGUACAAUCGAUGGCUAAUUGCAUUGUAACGGUCUCCCGAGCUGCCUAUGACUUAAAGUUCUUAAUUAAACAAUGCUGUACUAAUAGUUAG